UUGUCAAUCACAACCCAGCUCCCGCCUACUUUUAUAUUUCAUCCAAUGAUCUGUAGCGUAGCAUUGUUGUCGCGAAAACGUGCAUAGCUUUGACGGAACUGGCUAGGCUAAUUCUGGGAAUACGAACAACAGAAUUCAACGAAACAAGAUGGAGGUAGAGCAGCUCCUCUCUCUCUCAGGCUCGGCUCUGGCUCAGGCAGUUAGUGCCCUGCUGGAGACCCCCGGCCUCUACGUUUUCUCAGACAUCCUGGAGCUUCCGAACGUCAGAGAGCUGGAGACGGGUCCACAUGCGCCGGUGUACCAGCUGCUCAAUCUCUUUGCCUACGGAACCUACUGUGACUACAAAGAAAGAGCGGCAUCUCUGCCGGAAUUAACCCCCGCGCAGAAGAACAAACUUCGCCACCUGUCGAUAAUCAGCCUGGCCUCCAAUCUGAAGUGCCUGCCCUACUCUCUGCUGCUGCAGCAGCUGGAGCUGAAGAACGUGCGGGAGCUGGAGGACCUGCUGAUCGAGGCCGUGUACUGUGACAUCAUCCAGGGCAAGCUGGACCAGCGCAACCAGCAGGUGGAGGUGGACUGCAGCGUGGGCAGAGACCUGGGCCCCAACGAGCUGCCCAACAUCGCCAACACCCUCCAGGAGUGGUGCUCAGGGUGUGAGGCAGUCCUGUGUGGGAUUGAGGAGCAGGUAUCCAGAGCCAAUCAGUACAGAGAGAGCCAGCUGAAGGUCAAAGUGCAAGUGGAGACAGAGGUCUCAAACUUGCAAAAGACCCUCAAGGCUAGCUCUGCAUCCCCUUCGUCUGGCCCCGCCCCCGCUGGGGCUGCCUCCAAUCAGGAUGCGGACCAGCCAGCUGAGCCACGAGACCCCGCUUCUUCACAGGAACCACGGCAACCGGGCAAGAAGAGCUCCAAGGUCAAAGGACUUCGGGGAAGCGGGAAAAUCUGGUCCAAGUCAAACUAGAGAGGGACGCCGCGUGUAUGGAGGAGUCGCGUUUGACAGAUUAAGACUCGCCCACAGGGAGACGCGCAGACAGACAGACUGACGGACGGACGGACGGACGGGUGUACAUAUAUAAUGGGACGGGCUGACGGACGGUGUGUGAGACGGCAUGUUGUGUGUGCAGGGGGCCGAGGCCGCCCGGUCGCCGGGGGAGACGCAGACGCGGCGCCUAGCGCGGCGGCGUCGGCUCUCGCUGUUUUCAUUUCUGUUUUUUUUUUUUUUGAAUGUAAGGUUGUGUAGUAAAUCAAAAUGCAAUAUGUCCACAAUAAAUCGUAUCUUGUUCCACGCGCA